GGUCAUGUUAGUAUGUGGAAGUGAGCGAGUGCACAGUUCCAGCACACUAUUGAGUUUAUUGUGAACAGCUGUACAUCUAAAGUGAAAAUGGCCGCGCCUGUGCGUCUUCAAGUCCUCAUUCUGCUAUCAAUAACAACAAAUGUCUGGCUUGAGCAAACCUGUGAGAAGGGAGCCGUCCACUCCUGUAAUGACUGUAUCAAAUCUGGAGCAUUCUGCUCUUGGUGCAAAUCUGUGAACUUCACAAACCAAGGCGAAUCUGAUGCUGAGCGCUGUGAAACCAAGGCAAAGCUAAUGGAAAAAGGCUGCAAGGAGACUGACAUUAUCUCUCCACAAAACUCCAAAAAAAACAUUAAACAAAAACCACUGUCUGGCCCUACUUCAACCACCGACGCAGUCCAGAUCGAGCCUCAAGAGAUUAAACUGGAACUUCGUCCUGGCCUUCCAGAAAAGAUUACACUCAAGUUUAAAAGAGCAGAGGGCUACCCAGUGGAUCUCUACUACUUAAUGGAUCUCUCUUACUCCAUGGUGGAUGACCUGAAACUAUUAAAAACUCUGGGAAAAGAUUUAGUGGCAGUCCUACAAAAAAUAACCGGUGGCAAUGACAAAGCAAGAAUUGGUUUUGGCUCAUUUGUUGACAAGACAGUCCUGCCGUUUACAAACACUAACAAAGAAAAACUUAAGAAUCCUUGCCCAACGAAUGAAAAGGAGACGGUGGCUUGUCAACCACCAUUUGGUUUCAAACAUGUUCUCGACCUGACAAAUAACUACAAAUCAUUCAAUGAAGAGGUAUCUAAGCAGGACAUUUCUGGAAAUCUCGACACUCCUGAAGGAAGUCUGGACGCCAUCAUGCAGGCUGCCAUGUGCGAGAGAGACAUUGGCUGGGGAAAUGCCACUCGUUUGCUAGUUCUAGCCACCGAUGCUGGAUUCCAUAUGGCUGGUGAUGGGAAACUGGCCGCUAUUCUGGAACCAAAUGAUGAAUUAUGCCACUUGACCCAGAACAUGUACAGCAAAAGCAAUUUACUGGACUAUCCAUCUGUUGGUCAAAUUGCAAGGACCUUACAGAAGAAAAACAUUCAGCCUAUUUUUGCGGUCACAAGCUCUGUGAAAGGAGUGUAUGAUGACCUGAGCAAAUUGAUCCCAAAGUCUGUGGUGGGAGAAUUGACUGAUGAUUCAUCGAAUGUGGUGCAACUAAUCGAGAAUGCCUAUGAUAAACUCUCCUCUAAAGUUAUUGUGACCCAUGAUGUACUGCCAGACAAGGUCACAGUCACAUACACCUCAAAUUGUCCAGAGGGAAACAAUCCAGGCGACGAGGGUAUCUGUGAUAACGUGAAGCUUGGCCAAGAGGUUCAAUUCUUUGUUGAAGUGACAGCACAUGAAUGCAUGAACAACGUUUCCUUCUAUGUCGGCCCAAGGGGCUUCACUGAAAAAAUGAAGGUGACCAUUUCAACCCGCUGUGAAUGUGAAUGUGAUGACCCUCCGUUUCCCAAUGAUCCACUCUGUAAUUCUCAAGGAGAGGUGAAAUGUGGAACAUGCAAAUGUAAUAAGGGUUAUACAGGCCAGAAGUGCAAAUGCAAACAGGGGGACAGGAAUGAUGCAGACUUGAGGCAACUGUGCCGGGGCGACAACAGCACUGAGUGUGGGGGUCGUGGGGACUGUGUCUGUGGAGAGUGUCAGUGCCACAAAAGCCAGAAUGGGAACCCUUACUAUAAAAAAUACUGUGAGUGUGUCGAUGAGGGCUGCCAGAUGCACAACAACAAGGAGUGUUCAGGUCAUGGUGACUGUAGAUGCGGGACAUGCAAGUGCCACAGUGGUUACGAUGGCGAUGCCUGCCACUGCAAAGUGUCAGACGCAGGGUGCCGAACUGGCGGCAGCAUCUGCAAUGGCCGUGGGGAAUGCCAAUGUGACAUCUGCAAGUGCAAAGGAGGCUACCAACCACCCUUCUGCCUGGAAUGUCAGGCUUGCACGCCGCCGUGUCAGCAGUCGGCGAAUUGUAUUGAGUGCCUUGGCUUUGGUGGUGGUCCAUACGACAAAAACUGCACCACUGCCUGCAAGCACCUGAAGCACGUCAUGGUGGAAAGACUAUCAUUCAACACACAGGCCAAGAAGUGUGAAGUAAAAGACUCCCUAAAUUGCUGGCUUGACUUCACCAUGAAGGAAAUGGAAGGAAUGAACAACUAUUUUGUUGAGAUACUUAAGGAAAGAAGGUGCCCCGAACCACCACCCAUCCCUGCCAUUGUAGCUGGGUCUGUUGCUGGAGUGGCCCUCAUUGGACUCCUGAUUCUGCUCAUCAUUAAGGCUCUGCUGUAUGCAAAAGACUUAAAAGAAUGGAAGAAGUUUGAGAAUGAGAAGAAGAAAAGCAAAUGGAGCAAUGCUGACAAUCCCUUAUUUAAGGAGGCAACAACUACAGUGACAAAUCCUACAUUUUCUGGAGAGUGAGCUCAAACAUAGGUACUUUACCACUGUGUAUAAAAAGAAUGUGACUGCUUAUAUGUCUGUUAAAGUGUGUAGUGAGUAUGCACAUGUGUACAGACACUGCUGUUGUAUGCAAUUUGCCAAUGUAACACAGAGGUGGUUCACUGGACAAAUAUCAAGGGACACUCUGGCUAUAUAGUUUUUAUUCUUUUAUUAUGUCUUAGUGCAGAGACAGAUAGUGCUUUCUGGAAUCAGGAAAUUGUUAUAUGUAUAUUAUGAAAAAAUAUUUUAGCAAAACAAAAUCUGUUUAUUCUUUAAUAUAGUUUUGUAAAAGUGUGUAUAUUUAAAUAUGUUGGUGAUAUGGUGUCAAAUUUGAAAACACAAUUCAAAGAGGUUAUGAAGACAAGUAAUUUAUGUACAUUGUGUCAAGAGUUCAGGAAUGAGUUGCUGUUGAAUGAAUUUUGAACUGAACCAAGAAUAAUCUCAGUGUGGUUGUCAUUUUUGUUGAUUUUAUUAUGGUAAUGAUGAGUAGUAAAUGUGGUAUAUUUGUAAAAUCAAUGAAAACAUGAAAUUGUGUGUAUAUGGUGCAUGUAAACUGCUAAGGCUGAAAACAAUUGUGUCCUGAAGCCCAAUCUGAAUAAAUGUGUUAUUCCACACAGA